AUGAGCGACCAGCUGUACACAUACCUGCUGCAGCACACCAGGGAACCGCAGGUGCUCCGCGAACUGCGGGAGGCGACGAACGGCAUGCAGGGCGCCAACAUGCAGGUGGCGCCUGAGCAGGGGGCCUUCAUGGCGCUGCUCGCUGAGCUGACCGGGGCGCGGCGCUGCGUCGAGGUCGGGGUGUACACGGGCUACAGCUCCCUGGCGGUGGCGCUGGUGGGAGCCGCAUGCGCUCGGGGCCGGCCUGCUGCUAAGAAGGGGUGGUGCGGCCACCUCGACGCGCCCCCUGCCGCCUCAUUGUAG